CGGCGCCCUGUGGAGGAAUGGUUGAAUUGCAGCACUUCACAUCGGCGAGGUCAUAGACAUGGCAGUGAAGCACAACGCCACCCUGGCCAUGGAUUUCCCAGGGCACUUUGAGCAGAUCUUCCAGCAGCUAAACUAUCAACGUGUCCAUGGUCAGCUGUGUGAUUGUGUCAUCGUAGUUGGCAGCCGACACUUUAAGGCCCACCGUUCAGUAUUGGCAGCCUGCAGCACUCAUUUCAGAGCCCUGUUCACUGUUGCAGAGGGAGAUGCCAGCAUGAACAUGAUCCAGCUAGACAGCGAGGUGGUGACAGCUGAAGCUUUUGCUUCUCUGGUGGACAUGAUGUACACAUCAACACUGAUGCUGGGGGAGAGCAACGUCAUGGAUAUCCUCCUUGCAGCCUCGCAUCUGCACCUUAACAAUGUAGUUAAGGCCUGCAAACACUACCUGACCACGCGGACCCUGCCUAUGUCUCCUUCAUCAGACAGACCCACCCAUAACCACCCCCAGCAGGACCAGCAGAGGCACAGGCAACAGCAGCAGCAAGUAGCAGACUUAGCAUUGAACCCUACUCUGGCAGCUAAUGCUAACCUUGCAGCAAACACUGCCACAUCUAAGUUGCAGCGCUCCUUCCUUCUUCAGCAGCUGGGGCUUAGCUUGGUGAGCUCAGCUUUGGGUGGGAUGGAGGAGGAUGGGGCGGGAAAUGUAGUUGGCAGUAGAGGGGUGGAACAGAGAGCCCCUUUCCCCAUCCGAAGAUUCCACAAACGCAAGCCCUCACUUGUGCUGGGCCUGUCAGAGGAGAGACCCAGGCAGAGGCAGCGCCCCUCUGCUCCUAACCUGGGGCUGUUAGGAGAACAAGGCGUGAACGCAGAGCGAGAUGAAAGAGGACUGCUUUCCCCGGACUCCCACAAGAUGGGGGAUGAGUCAAAAUUGGAUGCUGCAAUUAGUGGCCUCGUAGGGGUGUCCCAGGAUGACCUUCAGAUGCCAAGCCAGUCUGACAGUGGACGCUGUGAGGGAGAGGACUUGGGGCGAAUGCAGGGAGGGGUGAGCAAGGAGGAAGACAUGGAUGACCAGGACCAUCAGGAUAGCAGAGCAGGGGUCAAGAUUAAAUCAGGGACAGAGGAGGAGGAGGAGGCAGAAGAACAGGAGCAGAAGGUGGUGGUUAAACGAGAGCCACUGAGCUCACCUGAGCCGCCAGACGAAAUCAGCGAUGUGACAUCGCAGGCUGAAGGCAGCGACCCAGCUGAGCCUGGAGGUCAUGAGGAGGAGGAGAAGGUGGAGCUGAGCCCAGAGAGUAGCGACCGCAGCUUCACCUCUGAACCCCAACCCAGCUCUGACUCUCUGCUGCAACCCAGCUCCCAGCUCCUCCUUAAGGGCACCAUGGGAGGGCCCGGUGUCGGAGGAAGUUUUGGGUGUAAUAGCGGAUUAAAUGGCAAACCUGGUUUUAGUAUUUCUAGCUUCCUUAGCCCGAAGGAUUUUGGAAAUGGCGGUGCAGGGUUGGUUACUGGAGAAGACGAACUCCCUAACACAACAACUGGGGAGUCUGUGGCGCAUCACUUCCUGUCCCUGCUGAGACAGGAAGCUGCUGGGCCAUCUGGCUCUGCUGCUUCUUCUCUUCUGCAGUCAGGUCCGCUCAGAGGUGAGAGUCGAAAUGGUUUUGGAGACGGCCUGCAGCCUGAUUCCCUAUUUCUCCGCCCCAUGCAUGAUGGUUUGGGGACCUCCAGAGGAAAUGGGGGAAGUGUGAGUGGAGGACGUGGAGGGGUAGAUCCCUUUGGUUUGGAUUUCCAGCACUCUAGUUUAGGGCUUCACUCUCUGGGGCGACCUUCACGAGGGGCUGGAGGGGCAACCACUGCAACUCUGGGCUAUCCAGGUUACAGACGUAUCGCUCCAAAAAUGACCACUGGCAUGGGAGGAGACGAAGGAGUAGGCGGUGUUCUUCAAGAUGCUGCCUCUUCUUCCUCAAGUCUGGCAAGUCCCUUGCUUCUCAACGAAAAUGGUGGUGGGUAUGAGAUAAACAGCGGAAGGCCCACCUCCCUCCCCCCUCAGCUGACACGAGCUUCAGCUGAUGUCUUGUCCAAGUGCAAGAAGGCUCUGUCGGAGCACAAUGUCCUGGUGGUCGAAGGAGCCCGGAAAUACGCCUGUAAAAUCUGUUGCAAAACCUUCCUCACUCUGACUGACUGCAAGAAACACAUCCGCGUCCAUACAGGAGAGAAACCUUACGCCUGUCUCAAGUGUGGAAAGCGCUUCAGCCAGUCCUCCCACCUAUACAAGCAUUCCAAGACCACCUGUCUGCGCUGGCAGAACAGUAACAUGUCCAAUGCCCUGCUGUAGGACCAAGAUGACUGCAUCAAGGUAGAGGGAGACAAUAAGACGGAUAUUUUGGUAAUCGGUGAUGGGAUGAAUUUACAUACUCAAAAAUGCUUUGACUCUUCAGAAGCUGUCACAGAGCAGCUGGAUCUGAUCGGCUGUUUUGUGCAAACUAAUCAGUCCUGGUGAAAGACCAAAGACAGUGAUGAUAUUGUGAUCCUGCAUUUUUUUUCCAGGUGACACCAACACUAUCAAAUCAGCAAGUUAUUGUAAACACAAGUAGCCUGUAGAGAAAUAGCGAUGCGGGGAAUGCAAACAUGCCAUUAUCUGUUGCUACGGAGUCUUUAGAGAGUACCACAGAUGUACACCGUAUACAUCCCUGUUAAGAAUAUCAUAUGAAUAUUAUGAUGAUUUUUCACUGUGUCAAAACAUGCAGCACUUGACCCAGGCCAGCCUAGGCUUGGCUUUUAAAGCAGCCACACUGUUGGCUAUAUCGUGUUUUUUAAAAAACAAUUGCCGCUUUUGUAGUUAAGUGAAGUUUAGAAAUGCUGAGGUGAUCGCUUAGUGCUGGACAUCUAGAGUUUGUGAAAGGAAGUUUGACUCGGUCUUUACUACACUCAGUUUGCAAAUCAGAGGCAGCUGUGCAGCUCCAUCAUUAAGAUUGGAUAUGAUGUAAAAUAAUGUGCUUAUGUGUAGAUUUUCUAUUGCACAUUUGUAAAACAUGUAGCAGCAUCCCACACCACACUGUCCCAAAUGGGCACGUUGACUGUGCUUUGUUCUGUGAAGGGCAGUGAUAUAGACAGUGUACAUUAUUGCCUCAGAUUAAGUUUGAACACCAGUUGUAACGCCUGCAAGUACUGAAAACUACUGAACUCGUUGCCUUACAGAAGAACAUUGUACAUGCACAUUGAGAGCCACUGUACCUGAGUCAAAAUCCUCAUGAGUUCAACACACCUGGCCAAUAAAGCUGAUUCUAAUAUGUUAUCGGCAAGCCAGUAUUGGCUUGCCAUGCUAACGUUAGAAUACAGCUGUUGCUGAGGUCAGCAUGCUGUAUAUAGCAUGAAUGAAUACGGACUGCUCUGCAAGUGGAUGAAGUUAAUGCUAGAUCAUAAACUCUGAUGCUGAUUGUUUGCCCCCUCAGUCCAGGGGAAUAUCAAAAAACACAGGUGGGAAAGCCGAUCAGUUGGACCAUAAUGAUUAGCAAUCCGACUGAUUCAUUUUGAAUAUUUACUGGCGCUCCUGAAGCAGUAAGAUAUGGCUGAAGAGAGAGAUGUACGCUGGGAGCGGAAGAGGGCAGCAGUGCAGGAGGGACAGGUCAGAUGAACAGUACAGAGGUAAUCUACUAUAGUAUUACUUUAUUUAAUUAAAAAAAAAAUGCACUGAAAUGUUAACUUAUCAAGUACUAUACACCUGAUUCCUCUAUUGACUGAAGAGAUGAAAUUUGAAGCCACUGACUUUGUGGACCAGGACAGGAGCCCCCCCAUACAAACAGCUCAUCAUCUCUUACUAGCUGAUUAUGGAUUUUUAUGCAUAAUCAACAUUGUCUUAUGUGAAUUGAUGUGAGAUGUUUGUUUUUUGUAGUAGCCUGUGAGUCCAGUAAUGUGAGCUCAGUUAAAGGUAAGAAUGUCUGGCAGUGGAAUACAGUUUCCUACAGGAUAUCGAGGAUACUGACGUUCAAUGCAUGUUGAAAAGAUGCUUUAAAAAUGUAAAUAUUGCAGUUAUGUAGUUUUUUUUUUUUAAUCAUUUUUCUCUUGGAGAAGAGACUAAACAACUCCUGAAGAACUGAACAUUGUGUACGCUUGCUACUGUACUUGAUAUUAGUACUUUAUACAUGUCUCUUUAUACAUCUAAUGUUACAUCUGAAUCAAAAGCACUUAGACAAAUCAGUCUCCUUUAUAACUAAUAUGUUUACUGGAAUGUUGAACUAUGAAAUUGUUGCCAUUUUGCAACUGCCCAACUCUUAACAGUCCUCAAAGGUUUUGUCUUCUGUAACGUUAGCUUUAUUUUGGCUUAGCAUUUUUGUUGUUCUUUGCAGGCAAUCACUCAUAUUGUCUGCAAAGCCAGAAAGUCAUUCAUUUCUAGAAGAAUGUUUCACAUGGCUUAUCUAAGAUUCAAAAAGAACAGACAAAGAUUUUGCGUCUCAUAGAAAAUAACAUUUUUAAAUCAACCCAGUUUGGGAUGACUGACCUCCAGCGAGUUGUAAAUAAGAGCAGCUUCACUGGUAGUUGGUUAAUUCAAUCAGAGUUCAUCCAGUGUUGUAAAGUUCUUUUUUUUUAGUAAACUGGAGUGGGGAAAAACUUUUAAGUAUGACUGCUUUUUUGUAUACUUUAUUGCUUGCUGUAUUGUCAUCUACAAGUCAACGAGCAUCACAUUGUCAUUGCUUCUGUUUCUAGUUGGCACUUCAUUGUACUGUAGAGUCAGCACAUUGUUAGCUUGUACAAAACAACAGCUUUAUUUGACACAUUAAUGGAUAAUUGUGACAUUUGACUUCAGAGGAGAAGAAUUGCCUUGUAGGACGAUCUCCCUGUAAACAUAAGCUAGCCUACCGUUUGCUAUGUGAUUCUCAACACCGUGGAAUUGGCAUUAAAAUCUUUGAACCACUGAUGGUUCAGAUUUGAAUGUGACACCUGUUCCUCUGUGUUGCCUGCUCAAAUUCAGCCCCUGUUUGUUGUUUAUGGAAAGAGCUUGCUAUGGAAAUCAGCUUGAGUUGUAGCGGUAGUCCUCCAAAACAGCUUCUGUGUCUCACACAGUGGCGUAGUAGCAAUUAUAAUGGUGCUCUUUUCUAUAGCUGUUGCAUAAACAGCUAUAGAAAGCCAAUGAUCAAAUGUGAAUCUCUAAAAAAAAAUGCACUGACUGUAUUACCCCUGUAUGAAUACACCAAAUUGUUGAUAUAAAAGGCUUAAAUAGAUUAUGAAAGUCACUGCCUUAUGCCCUGUAGCUUGAAAAGCUGGACUUUUGUUGUUAUGCCAAAUCAGAAGGAUUUCUGUUUUUCCUGUAUAGGUAACAUAGUGUAACCAUGAGAGGACUAAAUGUGUCUCUUUACUGUUGAAGGCUAUGAAGAUUGUAUUGUAUGUUCAGCUGUUGU